GGCAAGAUGUAUCAAGGUCAAAAUGUGGGAUGACUCUCCUUUUUUAUUGAGGCAACUAAAUGGCAUUGGCGAACAAUAUACAAAAAAGUUGGCAGAAAUUGGAAUAAAAACAUUCGAACAAUUAAUAAAAUGUGAAGCAUGGAAAAUUGAAACUGCUUGCAAUCGACAUCCACCAUUUGGACAUAACGUCCGUGAUACGGUUAUGACUUUGCCUAUGAUAAAACUUGACAUAAAUCAUGGAUUUUCCAAAUCCAAAGAAUAUGAUUUAUACGUGGUGAACAUAAAUUUGACAAAUAAAAACAACAAGAAAGUAAUCACCAAACGUUAUGGAAUUAAUUUAAAUGUGACAUUCAUAGCUGUCACCGAAGAUAAUAAUGUAUUAUUAGAUUUUCGACAAGCUGC